AUGGCUUCCAAAACUCACUCUUCCCUUGCUCUUUUCCUCACACUCAACAUCCUCUUCUUUGCCCUUGUCUCUUCUUGCAGCACAUGCCCUGGCACAAAGCCAACCCCCAGCCCUUCAGGUGGCUAUGGUGGUCGCGGUGGUUCGGGAGGCUCUGGUGGUUCUGGUAGUUCCGGUGGCUCAGGUGGUUCCGGUGGCUCAGGUGGUUCCGGUGGCUCAGGUGGUUCCGGUGGUUCUGGUGGUUCGGGUGGAUCUGGUGGUUCAGGAGGCUCUGGUGGUUCUGGUGCCUCAUGCCCCCGUGACGCACUGAAACUGGGUGUAUGCGCCAAUGUGCUAAACGGGUUGGUGAAUGUUACUUUGGGUCAACCACCAGUUACCCCUUGCUGCUCCCUUCUCCAGGGUCUCGUUGAUCUUGAGGCUGCAGUGUGUCUCUGCACUGCCCUUAGAGCAAACAUUUUGGGCAUCAACCUCAACCUUCCCAUUUCACUUUCCUUGCUUCUCAACGUUUGCUCUAGACAAGCCCCACGUAAUUUCCAGUGUGCCUGA